AUGGAAGUUAACAAAAACGGUGGGUUUUACAUGAUCGAAGAACUCGAUAUUCCCUUCGAAGAAGAAAUACUGCGAAAUCCAUACACAUUGAAGUCGUGGUUUAGAUACAUCGAUCAUAAAUCUGGACAGCCAAUACCGCAACAAAUUUUUGUGUACGAACGAGCUCUGAAAGAGCUACCAGGUUCAUAUAAAUUAUGGAAGAAGUAUUUAGAUCUUCGAAGGGAUCAAGUUAAAGAUUUGAACCCAGUUAGAUAUGAAAAAGAGUAUUUGAAAGUUAAUAAUUGCUUCGAAAGGGCGCUGGUGCUAUUACACAAGAUGCCUCGGAUAUGGAUAGAUUAUUGUAAUUUCUUGAUGAUACAAUGUAGAAUCACCAAAAGUCGUAGGACAUUUGAUCGUGCGUUGAAGGCGCUACCUAUCACACAACACCCUAGAAUAUGGGAAAUUUAUCUAAAAUUUGCGAAAGAAAUAGGUGGGGAGACAGCAAUUCGAUUACAUCGUCGGUACCUCAAGUUGGAACCAGAACGCGUGGAAGAAUAUGUCGACUUGUUACUUUCGUUAGGUCGUUAUGACGAAGCUGCAAAGCAACUCGCUCAAGUUGUUAAUGAUGACCGAUUUCAAUCGGUGCACGGCAAAUCUAAUUACCAAUUGUGGAUGGAACUAUGUGAUUUGGUUUGCGAGCACCCUCAUGAAAUUAAAAGUUUGAAAGUAGAACCAAUCAUAAGAAGCGGUAUUAGAAGGUUUACAGAUCAAGUGGGCAAAUUGUGGAAUUCACUGGCAAGCUACUGGAUAAAGCUACAACAUUUUGAAAAGGCAUGUAUUUUUACCAAAACGAUAUAUGCAAGGGAUGUUUUCGAAGAGGGUAUAAGUACCGUUAUGACUGUUAGAGAUUUCACACAAAUAUUUGAUACGUACGCGAAGGCGGAAGAAACUUUUAUUGAGAAAAAGAUGGAAGAAGCUGCAGAACGUGCGGAAAAAGGGAUAGAAGACCCAAGGGAGGAUUUGGAUUUGGAUCUAAGGCUAUUGCGUUUUGAACAAUUAAUGGACCGUAGACCUUUUUUAGUUAACGACGUUUUACUAAGGCAGAACCCAAAUAAUGUGCAUGAAUGGGAGAAAAGAGUGACUUUGUGGAAAGACAAUCACGAAAAGAUUGUUGAAACAUAUUCGAUUGCGAUGCGAACAAUUGAUCCAAAAAAGGCUACCGGCAAAUUUCACGAACUAUGGGUUAAUUUCGCAAAAUACUAUGAGCAAGGUGGUGAUUUAGAAAACGCACGGACAAUAUUUGAAAAGGCUACUCACGUCAAUUUCAAGGAUGUUAAAGACUUAGCUGCUUUGUGGUGUGAAUAUGCAGAAAUGGAAUUAAGACACGAGUUUUAUGAUAAAGCCAUUGAGGUGAUGAGCCGUGCAACGGUUCCAACAGGAAAUCCGAAUGUCGACUAUCGUGAUGAGAGCAUACCAGUGCAACAGCGUGUCUUUAAGUCUAUCAAACUAUGGUCCUUUUAUGUCGACUUGGAAGAGAGCAUCGGUACCAUAGAGUCAACAAGGGCCGUAUAUGAUAGAGUACUUGAACUAAAAAUAGCGACCCCGCAGAUUAUUAUUAAUUAUGCUAACUUUUUGGAAGAAAAUAAAUAUUUUGAAGAAAGUUUUAAAGUUUACGAACGCGGUGUUGAAUUAUUUAAUUAUCCAAUAGCAUUUGAGAUUUGGAACGCUGGCGCGAAAUUGGAGCGAGCACGGGAUCUAUUUGAACAAGCACUUGAAAAGUGUCCUCCGAAAUAUGCGAAAUCGCUAUAUCUUAUGUAUGGUAAACUAGAAGAGGAUUAUGGAUUAGCGCGACAUGCAAUGCGUAUUUAUGAUCGUGCAACAAGGGCAGUGUCUGAUGAAGACAGAUUCGAGAUGUUUAAUAUUUAUAUUGCAAAAGCGAGCGCGAACUUUGGUGUCACUUAUACUCGCGAAAUUUAUGAGCGCGCAAUUGAAGUUUUACCUGACAAAGAAGCAAAAGAUAUGAGCUUAAAAUAUGCUGAAUUGGAACGCAAACUAGGAGAAAUUGAUCGAGCGAGAGCCUUAUAUGCUCACGCAUCGCAAUUCUGUGAUCCAAGGACAGUACCUUCCUUCUGGCAAAUAUGGCAUGAAUUCGAGGUCAAACACGGAAAUGAAGAUACUUUUAAGGAAAUGCUUAGAAUCAAGCGAAGUGUUCAAGCCCAAUAUAAUACGGAGGUUAACUUCAUAUCUGCACAAAUACUCGCCACGCGUCAAACAAAUCAAAACGCUCAAGCAUCAACAAACACUCAGAAUGCGAUGCAGUUGGCUGAACAAGAAACUAUGCAAAAUAAAGGAACCGCUACCAAAUCCAUGACCUUUAUCCCGGCUUCGACACAAGCAAGCGAAGAUACAUCAUCCAUUCAGAAACCCACAAAUCCUGAUGAAAUUACUAUGGAUGAUGAUGAUUUAUAA